AAGUCAAUUUUAAGGCCCAACAUUUGCUGAAAAACUGAAAGCAAGAGUUUCAGGUUUGAAGCCUUAUCCAUGUCACGCUGCAUAAAAAGAAUUGUACCAUCAACAUAUUGCAAGGUAGAGAGACCACCAUCCACAAGGUACGACACUACUCCUAUAAUUUGUCCAUCGUGCUUAGCCAACAUGUCAGCGAUAAUGUUAAACAACAUUGGAGGUGGAAGAGAGAAGCUGAAAUCAGGAGGCAAGAUGGGCGAUGCAAGCCGGGUGACUGGCCGCUUCGGCGGCCUUGCGCUCCCUUCUCCCGCCGUCUGCGCUUGCCCUGCCCUCGCGGCUGGCCGUCGCCGCGUGCGCUCCUCACCCAGUCCCUUGUGCCGCAACUUGCAUCGCCGCUAGGUGGGCCGACUAGGCGGCCGAAGAGGACCUCGAUUAGGCGGCGGCAGCGGCCAUCGGUCGUCCUUUGCAUGUGCGCCGCUUUGGUGACCGCCUGGCAGAGGUGGGGACUGGCGAAUUGACAACGGCGCUCAAAUCCGCCCCCUCCCGCAAGUGCUCACCCGCCCCUCCUGUACACUACCUUCCCCGUUGAUCUCUGUCUCCGGUGCGCUGGCCGGACACCGAGGUCGCGGGGCCUGAGCUCGCGCUUGGGGGGUGGUCGGCAGGGCAGACCUCGGUCGUGUGGAGGUCACCUGGUGGCAGGACGGGGUGAUGCCUCCUCGCUCGCCCGUGGCGCUGCUAGCGACGACCUCGGCGGAUCUGGGCCGGCUCCAGUCAAGGUCGACGGGAGGUGCAGAUCUUCAAGUAUGAUUUAGGGCCUUACAUCCCUCGCCGGCGGCUGCAGCGGCGUCAACGACGAGGUCCGUAUGAUGGUUCCUCGGUGCCGCCACCCUGCGACCAUACACAGGGAAACCCUUCCCUCCCACCUCCUGGAGACGGGUGUUGGGUUCGGCCGGCACGGGCCUUCUGGGCCGGUUGUGCCGGGGGAUUUCUCGUCUGCCCUGGGCCGUGACUCGGGGCCCAGUGCGCCACCCCUGAUGGUCCUUCAGCCUGCUAAGUGAGCUCUUGCUCGGCCGGACGGAUCCCAGUCGGCCAUUAGGGCACCAGCUCCCGUCGGGGGUGGCUGCUUCUGCUCACUCCUCUCCCCACCAACGCUGCAACUCCUCCCCCGUUUGCUACGCCCCUCCUCCCUGCUCUGCCCGGGCCCUCGGCCCAAGCGGCGGGUGGACGGACGUGAGGCUCGCCGGAUGGAUGAGCCAUGGCGUCCUUCCCCUAACGCUGAACGAUGGGAGGCGGAGCUCCGCUCCACCAUGCUCAAAGGCAAGAGCCCGGCUGCCGAGGCCGAACCAACCAGGCGCGACGAGCACUCCCAGGAUUGGUCGCCCUACCAUCAGCGUGGUCGCGGCCGCGAUCGGGAUUGCCGUUCCUCGCCCCGCCUUUCUCGGUCGCCGGCCCGGUCUGGUCGCACCGAGCAAUCCCCACCUUGGUGUUACAAUCCACCAUAGCGACAUGCUCAAUUUCCCGCACCGGCCCCCAACAACCGCAAUACCAGGGAAGCAUUUGCAGAAGAAGAAAGCCGGCCAGCGCCCCGGCGGUGCGGCUGGGCAAGCAUCCUCGGUCACCAACCCCCACCAGCACCCACAACCGUGGCUGCUGCUCCUCCGGGGGCUACGCCCGUGGUGUGUUUCAACUGUGGCGAGGAGGGGCAUUGCCAAGUGGAGUGCAAGCAACCCCCGACGUGCUUCAAAUGCAAGAGGAUGGACCAUCCGACAUUGCUUUGCCCAGACCAGUCGACGGAGGGGAGCUCAUGCUCUUUGGCUAUGCCCUGGAUGAUUUGGGCUUCCUCCAGAUGGACUUGUCGGAGCCGGCGGCUACACCCUCCCUGACCGCCCUCGUCUCGGUCUUGGGGGGUAAGACGGCCUCUCCGGCGAUCAUCAUGGACGAGCUUCGACACCUCUUCCGUCCGGAUUGGGAUUGGGAGGUGACUCCGAUCUCCGAUCACGAUUUCACGGCAGUGUACCCGGACCUGGUUAGCCUCCGCUACCACACUCACAGUGCGGAGCUCACCUUGGCGCUCAACAAGAAUACUGUCAAUAUCUCGGUGCCCGAGGUCGAUACCUUGGCGGUUGCGACCCUCUCGACGGUGUGGAUCCAAAUCCGCGGGCUCCCUCCGAUUGCCAAGGAGUGUGUCAUUCAUAACAUGUCGAGACUCCUUGGCAAGAUUGUCGAGGUGGAUGGUCCCUCCCUCGUCCGGGUGCCGGCGGUGCGCGCCAAGGUCAAGACCCCGGACCCUGCAAAGCUACAUACUACGAUAGGGAUGUUCUUCAACGACAUCGGCUACGACCUUCACAUCUCGGUCGAGGGGGAGAACCGUGCUGCCCCUCUUGGCUCGGAUGGUGGUAAAGACCCGGACGGAGAUAAGGGGCGUGGGGAUGGUGGUGGGGGUGGUGCCGGCCAUUGCCACUCCCCCAUCACCGAAGUCGCAGCCACUCCCCGAGCUUGGAGGAUGAUGACGAGGAGUCGCCGAGGAUAGGGGUGUCUCUCAAGCAUGCCGACACUGAGCACCUCCCCAAGCGGGACAUGACGGCGGCACCACCGGUGGAGACCACAGUUGAGGGUGAGGAUCUGCAGACCUUCACGGCGAUGUUAGAGGAGGCAUCGGCCGUCCGGCCAGGCUCUGCAUUGGCACUGCUAUUCUCCUCUCCGGUUUCUUUGACCGGGGACGAGGGGAGUAGUGAUGCCAGCAGCGCGGGGCUUGACGUUUGCCCCCCUCUUCGCCUCGCUUGGCCUCGCCGCUGCCGACUGGUUCUUCGACUCCGGACCCCGGCCCCAUGCCUGCGAUGCUGGCUAGGGAGCAGGUGGGUCCUGUGGUUCCGGAUGGCCCCUCGGCUAUCCCGGCUACAACGCGGCCCCCUAGGGCCAAGGGACGGCCCCGGUCCGCGUAAUCUCCGGCCACUACGGCGCGGAAGAGUUCGCGACUUGGCUCGGCUUCCAGGUUGGAGGGGGCGUCGCCCAAUGCAGUGGAGAAGGCGCUGCGUCGUGCCGCGGCACAAAACCUUGACACAGGUCCAUCCAACCCCAUUGCUGUUUCGUUCAAUACUGAUGAUGAUUGUGAUGGUUCUUUCUUGGCUUUGGCGGGUGUCCCUUUGGGUCACCUAGCUAAUGUAGCGGCAGACUCCGCGAUAGUUUUUCGGGGUGAGAAGGGUCCCGCGCUUGAACAAAUUGCGACCAUUCGGGCUAAGGAAAUACUAGAAGGGUGCCUUGUGGCGGCUCGGGCCUGAGCGGCCUCCUCAUCGGAAGAGAUCGCUCCUCCCACACCCCGGCCAUCUGGCAGGCGGGGACGCACUGACAUGGUGCCGGAGGAAAUAAGGGGGCAGACGUGGUCUCGAACUGCCCUACUCCAACGUGCGCUCAGUGCAUCCACUACCAUGGGGUCCAGGGUGGACCCCCCUAAACGAAUAGACAUGCUUGCCCUGUUUUGGAACCUGCGCUGCUUCGACCAUGGUGGCCAUCGUAGGGAGUUUAUAGAAUAUAUGAGAGAAGAGUCCAUUGAUGUCGUGGCGAUCCAGGAGACGAUGAGAACUGAGUUUUCGCUUGCGGAACUUGAUCGCCUUAGUCGACACUUGUUUGCAUGGCACUGGCUGCCAUUUAGUGGAGUGGCGGGACACUCCUGUGGCAUCCUUCCGGGAGUGAAGGACGCCACCUUUGAGGUUGGCUCCAUGGACCGUGGAGAGUUCUUCGUUAGUAUGGAAGUGUGGGAAAGGGCAGUCAACUUCAAGUGGGAAGUGAUUGUGGUCUAUGGCCCGGUGGACCAUGGUCGGUCUGCUGCCUUUCUGGAGGAGCUCCGGGUCAAGAUUGGCUUCGCCACCCUCCAGUGUGUUGGAGGGGACUUCAACCUUCUCCGCGCGGCGUCGGAUAAGAAUAACACCCGUGUUGAUCUUUUGGGGAUGCAAUGCUUUAACGACUGGAUUGCGGAUCUGGGCCUCCGUGAGUUAGACAGGGUUGGGGCACGCUACACUUGGACUAAUAGACAGGUGUCCCCAACCCAAAGUGUCUUCAAUCGGGUGUUUAUGUCACCCGAGUGGGAACUUCGGUUCCCAUUAGCUACAUUGCAAGCGAUUACAUGCAUUGGAUUCGACCAUGUCCCCCUCCUUCUAUCCUCGAAGGAUGAACGGCCAUGCCCCCCGCCGCGGUUUUGAUUCGAGACCUUCUGGUUACGCCAACCCAGUUUCGUUGCGGUGGCCAAAGAGCAUUGGGUGGCGGCCAAAGAAGAACCACACCGAGCUAUGUCCACGGUGGAUGAGUGAUACCACCUAGCUAAAUGCUCCAGACAAUUCCUGAAAGGCUGGGGUGCCAACGUAGGCCGCGACAUUAGGGUCCAGAAGGGUGCCCUACUCGUGGAGAUUCAGGCCCUCGACCUACGUGCAGAUGGUGGUGGCCUAUCUUUGGACGAGUGGGCCAACGAUACAGCCUCGAAGAUACUCUAACGGGCAUCUACGCCAAGGAGGAAUAAUAUUGGUGACAACGGGGAUCCAGGAACUGAAUUCUAUUUGGCGAUGCAAACACAACAUACUUUCAGGCUAUUGCUAAUGGCCAUUGUAGACGAUGUACCAUCUCCCUGUUGUGGGAUGGGGAUUAGAUGCUGCAGGAUCCGGACGAGAUUCGGAGCCAUGUAGAUGGGUUUUACAAGGCUAUUCACCGAACGACCUAGGGGGGGCUUACCCCAAUAGAGAAUAUUUGGGUGGUGCAACAACAGAUUCCCUUGGAGGAGAAUAAUCCUUGCUUGCGCCCUUCGAUGAGGCAGAGGUGGAGACCUUUGUCAAAUCAAUGAACCCCGCAUCGACACCGGGUCCGGAUGGUCUACCGGUUCGCUUUUUUCAAGUGUUCUCGCCAACCAUCAAGGGGGAUAUCCUUGCCUUGUUCCUCGAAUUCUCUAGAGGAACGUUAGAUAUGUCGCGCCUGAACUAUGGGAUUGUCUCACUUAUCCCUAAGGUUUCGGGGGCAUCGGAUAUCCGACAGUUCCGCCUGAUCACGGUUCUGAACAUGAUCUUUAGGAUUCUGGCCAAAGGGUACGCCACUAGGGCGGCCCUACUUGCCCCCGGAUCCAUCAUCCUAACCAGACAAUGUUUGCCAAGGGACGAUUUAUUUUGGAUGGGGUCUUGUCCUACACGAGGUCCUUCACGAGGUCAAAAGGAAACACCUAUGGGCGGUUUUCUUUAAGAUUGACUUUCAUAAGGCAUAUGAUACGGUACAUUGGUCCUUUCUUCGGGAGGUGAUGUCGAAAUGAGGUUUCGACCCCCAUUGGAUUGCGUGUGUUAUGCAGCUCGUAUCGAGCGAGCGCACGGCGGUCAAUAUCAAUGGGGAAGUUGGUCCCUAUUUCCACACGGCCCAAGGGGUGCGGCAGGGAGAUCCCUUGUCACCCUUCCUUUUUAACCUUGUGGUAGACACCCUAGUGGCUAUCUUGGACCUAGCAAAGAUGGACGGACACAUUACGGGUGUUUACCCAUGAUAACCUACAAGUAUAGGGGAUCGCAACCGUUUUCGAGGGUAGAGUAUUCAACCCAAAUUUAUAGAUUCGACAUGAGGGGAUCCAAAGAAUAUUUGUAAGUAUUAGCAGUUGAGUUUUCAAUUUAACCACACCUGGAGAUUAAAUAUCUGCAACAAAGUGAUCAGUAGCACAGUAGUAUGAUAGUUUGAUGGUGAUAGCAGUGAUAGUAACAGUAACGGUAACAGUAACAACAAUAAUGAUAAUUUUGUAGCAGUUGUAACGCUAGCAAUAGCAAUAGUAACGUAGCAAGAACAAUAUGUGGAAAACUCGUAGGAAUUGGAUUGGCGAAUUCGUUGGAUGAUAUUCAUCAUAUAUCACUCAUAACCUAGGGCGACACAGAACUAGCUCUAGUUCAUAAAUAUAAUGUAGGCAUGUAUUCCGUAAAUA